UCCUUUGGAGUUACCUGUCCCCAACAGGUUGUGUCUCGCAGUCUCGCCCUGGAAUGAGCUCAUUUAACCAGAAGCCUCGCCAUGAACCGGGCAAGGACAACGUCCACUCGUCUGCGCUGGAUUUGUGCUUUUGGCCUGGCCAUCUCCUUGUAUUCCUUGUACGUGAAACUCAAGCUCGGCAAGGACGAAAACUACAAGCCGAUUUGUGAUGUGGCAGAUUAUGUUAGCUGCUCCUUGGUUUUUAAAUCAAACUAUGGAGAUAACUUUGGUUUCAAUACAAAACUUUUUUAUGAACAAAUACCAAAAAACCUGAACCAGCCAAAUGGAGCCAUAGGAUGUGUCUUCUAUUUGUUGUAUUUCUUAAGCUGUGAGUUCAAAUAUUCUCUGAUUUUAAAGUUAACUAAGUAUUCUUUUAUUUCAGCCUUUUUUGAACAUCGAUGGCUUUGUGUGGCCCAAUUGAUAAUCUGUUCUUAUACCUUAAUUCUGUGUUUUUAUUUGGGCUUCCUGUUGGUCUUUGUUUUCUACAAUUGUUGUGUGGUUUGUGUUACCAUUUAUAUUAUUCAAACAUGGUUGUUUCUGGAAGUAUUUAGGCGCUACAAACGUCUAUACAUGAACAAAUAAAAAGUGAAAUAGAAUUAAAUUGUUCGGAGUUGACA